AAGUUCAAGCUGUUGCAGUUGCCCGCCUGCGCUUACCUUUUGCUCCCACAGCCUAUAGAUAUACUCGUCAUCCUACCUAUAAUUCUUCAGUAGCUAUAAGUUUGAGUUUCGUGGUCGUGAUUUCCACAUCCAGUUUUUUCUGUUCUCCUUCUUACAGCUCCUGUUGAUGCCCUUGACAGUGUAGUUACGCAAAAAUUGUCUUCGUGUCUUUUGUGGCCAAACAAAACUAACUUUGAUCGUGUGAUUUUAUUGACAAGAGGUGACUCACUACAAGUACAACUCGAUCCGAAGAUGUCGGUUUCUCUUCCCGGAACGCCGAAUCUUUGUGCCUUGAGCACUACCAACUCCAGUCCUGCCUACAGUCUGAAGGGACGCUGGCCGGAUGCGAAACCCAAGCCCGGUCCGAACUAUUUGUUCGACAUGCGGGGGACGUAUUCCGGGCGGCAAAUGAAGCCAGCACGAGCGGUUUUCGGAACGGCGCCACGAUUUCCAGGUACGGCUUCUUGCUUCGUGAUCAUGGCUUUUGCUCGCUGCAUUUCUCUCUUUGUUGAUGAUUGUUGAUUAUGAUUGCUGGUGACUCAGAAAUUCAAUUUCGUCAUGGUAUGUAAAAAGUAUCUUCAUAAUUAACUUCUUUCCCAAAAGCCUUAUGAGAAUUCUUUAUUUCCAUACCACGACAGGUCCCUCAAAGUAUAUUUCGAAAAUGGCUGAGUGCGGGGACUACUGGAAGGCGAAGCUGCCAACGUUUAUGGGGUCCGAGACGCACGCGGUCGGGUGGCACGCGCACGACUUGGAGGAACAGAUCAAAGAAAAGAAAGCGAGCGCUCGCGUGUACCCACCCGUGUACGACACGCGAAACUUCACCAGCAAGUGUCACAACACCUACCGGUCAGAUUUCUGUCCGGCAUUUACCGAGCGCCACCACAUGUUUAACGAAGUGCCGCAUAGCAAGAAAGACACGCCCGGUUUUGACAAGUACAAAGUGAACCACAAAGCGGUGGAGCCGCAGCUACUCUUCGGCUUCACGCCAACGGAGCCGCGCACUGGCCUUCCACCAGGCGUCAAGAUGCCGAAGGAGGGCGACCCAUCCACAGGACCGGGAAAAUACCCGAUUCCAAGUACAGCUUUUCACACGAUUUCUUGUGUUGUUCACUCAAUAGAUAUUUCAAAAAAUCGUUCGUCGUUCAUUCUCAUGGUUGUGCGUCGUGGGCGACGUUUUGGGAACGCUAAGACAGAGCCUCUUGGGCGUGUUGAUACUGCAAAUCUCAAUCUGUUCGCGCUUUCUGUUUCUUUGCUGCGAAGUACGUAGGGAAUCCCUGUCAAUACUGAAUACGUGCUCUUUUCGCAAAAAAUCUGACCAAAGAAAUCGUAUAAAUAUAAUCAGGCACCUUCCAUCAAGCGGGCGACAAACUGAGUGAUUGCACUCUCCGCCGAAGCGCGCGGUACACGCUGGGCAGUGCACCGUGGCGAUCCAAGGACAAGUAUAACUUGAAGAAAAACGCGAGUGAUCCGGCAAUCAUCGGAGCCUCGACCACCUUUGGUUGGCGCAAGUAGAAAACCUUUCUACUUCGAGCCAUUGAUGCUCCGGGGUGUCGAGAACGAGAAGAAGCGCGCUGCAUAAAAGUACUAACCUAACCCCAGGACAAAAGAUAAAAAAAUAAAUUUUAUAUCGCUCACAGGUUUUUUUUUGUUUUCCCAUUCCCUAUCCCUUUCCCCCACUCUAUUGCUCUAUCGUUGUUGACCCGCGUGAAAGUAGAGUCCCGCUAGAUACGGAGUAUUUUCAAUAUGUUGCUUUGUAACAAGCCCUUUGCGGCGCUCAUGCUCUUCAACAUCUUUCUCUGUUGAGGCACCAUCAAGCUCCACCAACCCUCACCAUGACAGCGGCAUCUGUUUCCGUAUUGAGUACCCCUUUAUUUCUGUGUCAUAUAUUCCCUGAAGGUUUUGCCAUCCCAAAUUGCUCUUGUCUCCUGGAGGAUCGUAUUCCGUUCUUCUGUUGCACCCCCUUCCCCACACGAGUGCGUUGCUUCCGUAGUACGGUUGCUCCAUAAUCAUGUCCUGCAUUUUCUCUACAUACGUCGAUGCACACAAUCUCACAGAAUAGCGCAAGGUUUUUUGUUUGGAAUUUUCAUUUGUUUAUGGAACUGCAAUGUCAU